UGAUCCUUUUCCUAGGUGACUUAAUCAUCUUCACUCAAAAUGACAGUGAAACUAAGCUUUCAGCUGUGCACGCCUUACCAAUACACACAAUAUUCACACCACACAAACUCUAAUCCACAAGCAACAAUGGCUUCUGUGGUUCCAAAAGUGAAAUUAGGCUCACAAGGUCUCGUAGUUUCAGCACAGGGUUUGGGCUGUAUGGGUAUGACCGGAACCUACGGACUCCCCAAACCCGAACCCGAUAUGAUCAAACUCAUCCACCACGCCAUUGGUUCCGGUGUCACAUUCCUUGAUACCUCCGACAGCUACGGCCGUCACACCAACGAAAUUCUUAUCGGAAAGGCUUUGAACGAAAAAGGACUGAGAGAGAAAGUUCAAAUUGCUACGAAAAUUGCAGUACGAUGGAUCGAUGACAUACCGGAUAUUUGUGGUGAUCCAGAGUAUGUUCGAUCAGCUUGUGAAGGUAGCUUGAGGAGACUUGAUAUUGAUUGUAUUGAUCUCUACUAUAUUCAUAGAAUUGAUAUUCGAGUCCCAAUUGAAGUCACGAUGGGAGAACUGAAGAAAUUGGUUGAGGAAGGGAAAGUGAAGUAUGUGGGAUUAUCAGAAGUAUGCGCUUCAACAAUCAGAAGGGCUCAUGCGGUUCAUCCGAUAAUAGCAGUACAGAAUGAGUGGUCGUUGUGGUCAAGAGAUUUGGAGGAUGAAAUUAUUCCUACUUGCAGAGAACUUGGCAUUGGGAUUGUUCCUUACAGUCCAAUCGGGAAGGGGUUCUUGGCUUCGGGUCCUUGUUUGGUUGAAAGCUUGAUAGAGGGUGACAGGAGGAAGAGCAUGCCAAGGUUUCAAAAUGUGGACCACAAUAAGAUUGUAUUCAAGCGAGUGAGUGAGAUGGCUACAAGGAAAGGGUGCACUGUGGCUCAACUAGCCUUAGCCUGGUUGCACCACCAAGGAACCGAUGCGGUUCCAAUACCAGGGACCACAAAACUUGAAAACUUUAACUAAAACAUCGGAGCUUUGUCUGUUAAGUUAACCCCCGAGGAAAUGGUAGAACUUGAAUCAUCUGCGUCAAGUGAUGUAGUGAAGGGGGAAGGCAUCCAUACAUGCAAAUGACAUGGAUAAAUUCAGAGACUCCUUCAUUGUCAUCUUGGAAAGUAAUUGAUGAACGUGUUGUAGCAUUGUAUACCGCUAGUCGUUGAAGCAGUCAAGUUGUCUUAUCUUUGCCAUGUCGGCUUUCCUUGUGUUUGGAGGUGCAAAGUGUGUUCUUAAAGAUUGUUACUUUGUUAGAGCCUUGUGUUAUGGUUG